AUGGCCUCCCAGACCCAGGCCCAACAACCUCAACGGCCACAGAUCCAGCCUUGCCGGUACAAGACUGGAAAGACCCUGGGAGCGGGCUCCUACUCGGUCGUGAAAGAAUGCGUCCAUAUCGAUACGGGGCGGUACUAUGCCGCCAAGGUGAUCAACAAGCGUCUGAUGGCGGGGAGGGAGCACAUGGUUCGAAAUGAGAUUGCUGUGCUCAAGAAGGUCUCGAUGGGGCAUCAGAACAUCCUCACGCUGGUCGAUUACUUCGAGACAAUGAACAAUCUGUAUCUGGUCACUGAGCUGGCGCUGGGCGGCGAGCUGUUCGACCGAAUCUGCCGCAAGGGCAGCUAUUACGAGAGCGAUGCAGCAGACAUCAUCCGAGCCACUCUCUCCGCCGUCGCAUACCUGCAUGACCACGGCAUCGUGCAUCGAGAUCUCAAACCGGAGAACCUGCUGUUUCGGACCCCGGAGGACAAUGCGGACCUGCUGAUUGCGGACUUUGGCCUGGCGAGGAUCAUGGAUGAAGAGCAGUUUCACGUGCUCACCACGACGUGUGGCACGCCAGGCUAUAUGGCUCCGGAAAUCUUCAAGAAGACUGGGCACGGGAAACCAGUAGAUAUCUGGGCAAUUGGCGUCAUCACGUACUUCCUGCUGUGCGGAUACACGCCGUUCGACCGCGAGUCCAACCUGGAGGAGAUGCAGGCCAUUCUCGUGGCUGACUACUCAUUCACGCCAGUCGAGCAUUGGCGGAAUGUCUCCCAGACGGCGCGCGAGUUUAUCAACCGCUGCUUGACCAUUGAUCCGCAGAAGCGAAUCACGGCUCACGAAGCUCUCCAGCAUCCUUGGAUUAACCCCCCGAUCGAUCCUGCUGGCCAAGGCACGGGGGAGGACCUGCUGCCUACCGUCAAGAAGAAUUUCAACGCGCGGCGGACGCUGCACAAGGCUAUCGAUACCGUCCGCGCCAUCAACAAGCUGCGCGAAGGUGGCCAUCUGAUGAUGGAUGGUGCCACCAGCGUCGAUCCCAAGCCGGAGCGCGUGGACGGGAACCAAGUUUUCGAAGAGAACCGGCACAAGCAGCAGCAACAACCACCACCGCCGCCGCCAUCGCACGACGGCCGGAAUUGA